AUGCAACGCCAUCAAUUAUUAUUUGAAUACGGCAAAUUUUGCAAACUAUGUUCAUUGCCAUGCUUACAAAAAGCUCAAAAACAAAUUCUAACGAAUGUAUCAGGUAUUUUCCGCACAGGUAUGAAUGCAAUCAUGGGACCAACUGGUUGUGGAAAAGCAUCUCUACUUGAUUUAUUAGCUGAUCGAAAGGAUCGGGAAGGUUUCGAAGGUGAAAUUCUACUCAAUGGCCAACCACGAACUCAAAAUUAUAAAUAUCAUGUUGGCUAUGUUGUUCAAGAUGAUAUCAUCUGUAGAAAUUUAACUGUUAAAGAAAAUCUCAUGUUUUCGGCUAAUGUGCGAUUGUCGACAAAAUACACCGCUGAUGAAAAAACUAAAAUCGUAGAGCAUGUUAUUCUACAGCUGGGAUUAGGAAAAUGUGCAGACACUAUCGUAGGAAAUGAUUUAAAACGUGGUGUAUCAGGUGGAGAAAGAAAACGAACAAAUAUUGGAAUGGAACUUGUUCUAUCACCUCGGAUUCUUUUCUUAGACGAGCCCACCACUGGUCGUGACUCAUCGAUGGCUCGUAGUGUAAUGGAAUGUCUUCAUCAGCUAUCUCGUACAGGGUGUACCAUUGUGUUCUCAAUUCAUCAACCUCGAUAUUCAAUCUUUAAAUUAUUCGAUACUCUAUUUUUACUUUCUGCUGGACGUUGUACUUACCAUGGUCCUACAGAUAGUGUUUUAAAUUUUUUUUCUUCAGUGGGUUUCUCAUGUGUAGAACAUAAUAAUCCAGCAGAUUUUCUUCUUGAUAUAACACAAGGCGAUCGUCCACAACUCUCAGCUCAACAGCAAGACGAUAUUGCAUUUAAUGAAGAAAGUUCAUGA